UUGUCAAAUAAUUGUGUAAACGUCAUUUUCCUCUUUUGGUCUAACUAUCUAAACGAUUGUAAUGAAAAUUUUUGCAAAUGAUUUAAUUUCAAUUAAAAUAUCCCAUAAUAAUGGAGAGAUUGGUGAUGCGAAGAUGUUGCUGCAAAUGCGGAUGGAGUGUUCAUAAAUGUGCCAUUGUAAAUAUUAUUGUUAGCAUGAUAUUGUCCGUGAUGUUAUUUGUAUCGUCCAUAUGUGAUCUAAAAGAACUAAGAAACUCACAAAACUAUGAAAGUUUCAGGAAUACACUUUUACACGUUGUACUGCAAUACGACUCGCAUGAUCUUUUUGCCGAACAUGGUGUCAUAGUUUUAUCUGUACAACUUACCAUUAUUAUGCUAGUAAACAGUAUCGUGGGGUUUGCAUUAUGUGUAGCUGCUUUAUACGGAAUAUUGAUGCGUAAGAAAUAUUAUGUACUUCCUUGGUUAAUAUUUAAUGGUAUGUCACUAGUGGGAUUAACAUUCCUUGUUGUCAUUUUUUGUGUGGUAUUUCCAGUGGCUUUAGUACUGUUGUUUUUAUCCCUUACGCAUACAUCUAUAUCGUUGGCCACAGCUUUUUCUUCAGGCUUGCAGCAGCAGAAGCUAGAGCAAGAGACGGUGAAUCAUUCAUUAAUUAAUCAUCAUCAUAUAAUCAAAAUUAAUUGUAAAAUUGUAAAAAAAAUAUAUGAACAACCAAACGAUUGUAUUUGUGAUAUAUUUUCCAUUGUUGUUAUUUUUUUAAGUCGUUCCAUCUUCCAUAAUUUGUGAUAACUCAAAAUAAUAACUAUGAGAUAUCAAGAAUGAAGG